GCGUAGAUAAUUAUAACACCAUAAUAGUAACGAUUUUCUCUCUCUCACUUCAAAUCUCUUUCUCUUCUCGCUCACUCCCUCUUCCUCCUUUGCGAUCCAUCACUGCCAUAACUCACCGAGAUUUCGAUUCCACGCUCUUUCGGUGAUCGAUUUUCUCCAUAACCCUCGAUCCACGCAGGUCCUCUGUAAAAAUUCAAAACCCUAGUUUUUUCUUUUCAUUUCUUUUUCAUAGUUUCACGGCGGAGCUUUAGAUUAGGCCCAAACCCUUCAAUGGUUACGGUCCCUUUCGUUUUCCCUUGGAGCCAAUUUUCUUGGGUAUUCCACAAAUUUUGAAUUGAAUUUCUUUUAACAAUGAAUCUGCGUUAUGAUUUUUGGGUGAUGAACUGUAUAUAUAUUUCUCACGAAAUUCAUUGAAGAGGAGAGUGGUUUUCAUCUUGUUAGGUGAUGGGUAUUGCGAAUUUUUCACAAAGGAGGAAGCUUGGGAGGGUUUUGGAUAGUGGGUCUUGUUGAUUGAGUUGGAUCAGUGGCUGGAAUUUUGCCUGUGUAUAUUGGUUCUGAGUUCUUUGUUUUCUUGGCUUUCAAGAUUUUCACAUCAUAGAUUGAAUAAGUAGGCGAUGGAUAAGCAGGAAUUCACCUCGUGCUUACAGUAGGAUAAUAAUAUUUGAGGGUUAUUACUUUUACCGUGUUUGAUAUUGGGAGCAAAAGAGUUUUUGGUUAUAUGGGCGAGCUUGCGUUACGAAUUGUGUAAGUGAUGAUGGCCAUUGACUAGUGCUCUUUGUGGUUGAUACUUUGCAUUGUAAAUUGGUUGGAAAUUAUUUUCACCAACUUUGCGGAGAGAAAUUCUUAGGUAGAGAGAACAAAAUGAGCUUUGAAAGUGAAAAGCAGAACUUGUUGGAUCAGGCUACUGAUCAAGGAUUGCCAAAGAAGAUAAAAAUUUCAUACACGAGGGAAUUUUUAUUAUCGGUGAGUGGAUUGGAUAUAUGCAGAGAGUUGCCUAGUGGGUUUGAUCAAUCGCUUUUAAGUGAACUUGAAGAUGUUUCUCAAGAUAGACAAAGAAGUUCAGGCGGUUUGUCAAUGCAUAGCUUUAGACGUAAUGACUAUGGUUCGUCCCCUCCCACCAGAGGGGAUAGCUUUCCACGGGGAAUCCAUGGAAAAUGGGAGACUCGAUCUUCUGGACGGUCUGAUAAAGACAGUGAUUCUCAAUCUGAAUGGGAUUCAGAUUCCGCAAAACGUUUUGGCAACCAGUCCCGUAGAUCUUGGCAAGGUCCUGAGCAUGAUGGGCUUCUAGGUAGUGGUUCUUUUCCUCGGCCCUCUGGGUAUACCCCUGGGUUGUCUGCUCCCAAACUUAAAGCUAAUGACAACUAUCAGCUAAAUCGGUCUAGUGAGCCAUAUCAUCCUCCACGUCCUUACAAGGCACCUCACUCACGUAGGGAGACUAAUGACUCCUAUAAUGAUGAAACAUUUGGUUCUUUGGAGUAUACAAGUGAGGACAGGGCUGAAGAGGAAAGAAAAAGAAGAGCUUCUUUUGAAUUGAUGAGAAAGGAACAGCACAAAGCUUUCCAAGAUAAGCAUAAGUUGAACCCAGACAAGAAUAACGAGGAUUUUGACAUAACUUCACUUGUUGAAGACGAUGAGAAAAGGCUAGUUAAUAGGAACAAUGAGUCUGUGGAGCCUCAUGUGACUGUAGCAGCUUUAAGCAAUGAUGAGAAAUCUUCUUCCCUUUCACAGACUCUUUCAGCAGCUAGACCACUUGUACCUCCAGGAUUUGCAAGUACAAAAUUGGAACGUAAUUUUGCUACCAAAACAUCCGUUAGCACUCAUUCAACAGAGGCCGGACAACCUGCACCCGGUGAUGCUGGAGUUUUGGAUAUUCCCGACAUUAAAAUUGGAACGGGUGAUCAAUUGAGGAAGAGAUCUGCUCUUUCAGAAGUCUUGGAAGCAUCUCAACUUAAUGCUGAAGUAAAAGGAAAGGAGGAUGUGGGAGUUCUCAAUCCAGACAAUUCAAAUUCUAUCCUAUACAAGCUUUUUGGUAAUGCUUCAACAGUCGACGGUGACAAAUCUACUAGUAUUAUUGAGCAGCCUGAUAAUAAAGCUGAUGUAACUUGGAGUCCACAUGCCUUCCAAUCUUCCAAGUUUGCUCAUUGGUUUGUUGAAGAAGAAAAAAAUCCAGUGGAUGACAUGACACAGAGGCCAAAUGACUUGCUCUCACUUAUUGUUGGUGGCGAAAAGGGGGGUUUGCAGACGUCUAAUGUAGAAACAACCGGUCAUAUUGCAUCUAAUUUUUCUCUCCUAAAUCCUGAACCAAUUAGUGAACAUAUGGCAUCAAAUGCAGCGCAUACUACUAUUGACAACUCUCUGCAAUUGUCCAAGAGUGAUAAGCCUGAGGUUUCACCAGCAGUUCUUACCUGUGAAGAUCUGGAACAGUCAAUUUUAUCACAAGUUAGUGAAAAUGGAUCAUCACAUCAGCAGCCUAUUCAGGACAAAGAUCUUGAUGGAAAAACUGAGCAGUCUACUUCAAUUGAUAAUCAUGCAUCCCUACACCUCCUUUCUUUGUUACAGAAAGGAACCUCACACAAUGAUAUGGAACUAUCAUCUAUUCUAGAUUCUUCUACAAAAAAGGUUCCGAAUUCUGAUGGAUUUACUACCAGCAAUGUUCUUGAUAAUCCUGGAGAAGAAAAUGCUGAAGUUUCCAACUCAUCGAAGACAUUGACACUAGAAACACUUUUUGGGUCAGCUUUUAUGAAGGAGCUUCAAUCAGUUGGAGCACCCCUUUCUGUUCAAAGGGGUUCAGUUGGAUCUGCAGGGCCUAAUGUUUCAGAGUCUCUUCUGUUUCCUUUCCCUACCUCAGACAAUGUUCACCUUCCCACUGGUGAACAUACACUGAACAGGCGUGGAAGUGGUGUCCUGCCACCAGAGCAAACACAUCAACCCAAAACUAAUAGAUUUGAUGAACAAUGGUUGGGUUAUUCUGAUUCCCAGGGAGAUGUUAAUUCAUCGUUGCUUCAGAGUGAAUUUCCCAAAGCUAGUGGUUUCAAAGGGCCUCGUGAUAUUCACCUUCCAGAAGAAGAUAACUUGAUUACAGUUAGUGAUCCUCUGCAAAACUUUUUAUCUGCUGGAAAUAUAGUUAAAGCAGAUAUGUCCCAAGACACAACAGUUGACAUUACCAGAAAACUGGCAGCUCUGAAUCCUGCAUUUAGGGAUGACCGACUUGUUAUGAGAAAUCAUGAAGGCCCAGCAUACCCUCAUGGUGGUCCUUAUGAUAUGAGAGAACCUGGUAUUUCUUAUCAGAAUCUUAAUGUCCAACGAUCUCAACAGAUCCACCCUCAGUUAAAUCAUGGUGGCCCAAUGUUUAAUCAACUGGAUUCUCAUCCUCCUCAUAUUAGUUCUUAUAUGAGGCUUCCAAAUCCUGAGGGCAUGAUUCAUCAUGACUCACCACCAAAUCAUCAAUUCCCGGGAAAUAUGCUUCAUCCUCCCUUCCAUCAACCUAGUAGUGGACUACCGGGGUUUGAUUCUCCUGUUCAUCAUUCUAUGUUACAACAGAUGCACAUGCAAGGAAACCACCCCCCACCUCAUCUUUUACGUGGAUUCCCAAGGGGUGGACCUGUGCCUUCUCAUCCCAACAAUCCGAUGACUGGCUUCAUGCAGGAACCAAACCCAAUGCAAGGCCAAGGCUUCCCAUUUAAUGGUCACCAGCAUCCUUCUUUUGGUGGCCCUGGAAUGCAAUUACAAGCUCCAGAUGUUGGUGGUGGAAGAAAUCAUCCAGAAGCACUUCAGAGGCUUUUUGAGAUGGAGCUCAGGUCAAACCCAAAGUCAAUCCAUGCCUCAGGUCACAGCCAGGGGAUGUAUGGUCAAGAGCUAGACUUGGGUUUUGGGUAUAGAUAGGGUACUGUCCAUCCUCGUUGAUGUGUAUACUAGAUUGUAUUCACCUAAUGUUGUGCCGAUCUACCUUCUACAUGGAAGUUGGGUUUCAUAUGAUGCUUUUCUUUGGAAAAAAUUAGCUAUUCUGUAAUUAAUGAUUUUUCAACAAUUUACAUUUUACUGGGAUUUCAAUUUGCUGUCUUCCUUUUGUUAACAUAUCAAAGUGCUUCCAACAUUGGUUUUGGAACAAAGACUAAUGCUGUAUUCAGGAGGAAGAAAAAGGCUAUUUCAAGUUUUGGGAUA